CGUCGGUUCGGUCGCAUAAAGUAAAAGCAUGUUCAUAAACUGCUUCGACGUGCACCAGCACCUGGUGCGGCGACACUACGCGACCUCUGUCAUUUGCGCGAAUGUGCGAGUGCGAUUCCUGACGAGUGUUUCACUUGUUACGAAACUUGAUGUCGAAGACUAUGUCUCGACCGUAUUUACAACCAACUUGAACAACGUUGGUAGUUUUUAAUAACAUACAACGAAAGUCUAAUUGAGAAGACAUUCACAAUUACGAUUGGUUUUAGGAAUCUAAAUUGUAAAUUCAGUGGAGCAGACGAAAAAGCGCAUAACGAAGUGUCCAUCUGUCCAUUGCGAUAACCGUCGAGAUCGGCGUGCGGUGGCUGCGUUGGUGGUGCGUCGCUGCUGCGGCUGCUGUGCGACGGUCUGCAUGGGGGUCUUGCGGCGGCCGCAGUGCGAUGAGGACGGCGGCAGCGACGGCUGCGGAUGGAGGCACAAGAUGGCGUCGAGUGGGUGGCUCAGGCCGCGCGGUCAUUGUCGCAGCGGGCUCCACUGAGGCAGCCUGCGGCGGCGGUCUGCGUAGGCGCAUGCCCCUGCGGCGGCCCGUACGUGGGCCGUGCCCGGGCACGGGGCCUCCACCCUGUCGCGCAAUGCGCUACUAUCGUCUUUGGAUCUACACGUGCAACGCGGCCCUGUUCAUGGCCGCAAUCGCGUUCUGCGGCGCGGCCGCACGCACACUCAUCUUCGACUACCGCAGACAACUAGUGCCAUCGUUGACACUCUACCAGCCUUCCUUUUUGUACGCAUGCCUCGCGCUGGCCACUCAAGGAGGCGCCCUACAAGUCUUAGGUUGCAUGGGAGCCCUGCGUCUUUCCGAACGUCUCCUCAACGCCUACUGGCUCCUGCUUCUCGUCCUUCUUUUCGGAGACGUGGUGUUGGGAGCUUUCUGGGCCUUUCGAUUCGAACGGAUUUGCUUGGAUCUUCGGCCCGCGCUAAGAGCACGACUAUGGCGCGAUUACGAAGUCGAUACGAGUUUUGCGCGCCUCUGGGAUCGUCUUCAAGGCGAUACGCAAUGUUGUGGGGUACCGUCAACAUCAUCGACGAUAUCGACUACCGCCGGUUUCGUAACAACCACGGGGGUAGAUUUCAUUAACAACACAAGAAGCAGGGGACCGUGGGACACUCUACCGGCUAGUUGCUGCGCAGAACACGCCGUCAACGCAUCGAAAUGUAUAAGAGCACAUUCAGCAGGAUGUGAUGAACGGCUGUUAGACUAUCUUCACGACACGGCUUCGGUGCUUGCGAUCCUCGGCUACUGCGUGAUGGCCUUCCUCAAGCUGUGCUUCCUCGGUAUCUUGCGCUACGAGAUCCGCGAGAUGAUACAGAAAAUCCGCCUGCUUCGCGCCGAACUCGAGCUACCGAACAACCUGAACGGAACAUUACCGGCUCAUCUGUGCGCGAGCGAUAGCGAACGAGAAUCUCUUCUACAGACCAAGACGGAAGUAUCGACGUUGUUAUCGUCACCUCCAGCACCCAGCAAGAAUCCGCCGAACGGAAACAACAACUACGAAUUAAGAGAGUACCCGACGCGACGAAGUAACGCAACAACAGACGAAAACAUUUGACUAAAGUAUCGCCUGGAGGGCCUGCUCAGUCGCGGACGAUGGCAUCGCGUCAAAAAAGGCCCUCUAGCAACACCACUGGAGGAGAUAUUUAAGAAACCGCUACGACCGAUGCGUCAGCGCGAAAAUUCGCGAUGAAUACUGCAGUAUAUAACAAAAUAUGGCCAACAUAAUCACAAAAUGUAGUAGCACUUACCCACUCACGACCAAUUACCGACAAUUGACAAUAGAUCUCAAUCGGAUAGAUUAAGCGAGCAAACUCAUGGUCCACGUUACUAUUACUAUUAACAACAAUUAAUUUCCAAAGUGUUCAGGAAAUCGUAGAAACAAAAAUUACCAACACUUGGAGAAAAUCGUCAAGAUAUCAGUUACUUAAGUGAAAAUGCGCUCUUUCGGAAAUAUUAUUUAUCACAUAAAUGGAAAUGAGACACAGAAGAGAUUAAAAGAUAAAAUUCUGAGUUGAUUAAAAAUGAGAUGUCCUAUUUUUCUAAAUCUUCAUUAAAAAAGAUAAUGAGUAGCGAAUAGCAAAAAUAUAAAUUCUACUGCAGUCAAAACUUACUUAGAAGCAAAUACGAGAGUACAGAUCUAAAAAUCACUUAGAAAAUCAACGUUAUUUUAGGGACAAUUGCAGGAGAAUAAAUACAAAAUAUGCUCCAAAAUACCGUGCAAUCCCAUGAUUAUAACGAUUUAAAAUAAUCAGAAAGGCGAUUAUUGUAUUACACUAUAUCAAAAAGCCAAAUCAAAAAUUAAAAGUGUAGAAAUAAAUAUGAAGAGCGGGGACAACGAUAGAAGAAAGAAAUUAACAGACAGAUUUACUUGCAUCGGUGCUUUUCUUUAAAGUAGAUAAUUCGGACUUAAAAAAGUGACGGCAAUUUGGUAUCUUAAAACAUGUACAGUAAGUACGUAUCAUAAGAGACAAAAAUCACAUAAUUUAGAGUCACUUGUGCAUGUGAUAUUGAGGCUAGCAGCAGCUCCAAGAAAUAGCCACAAGAAGAAGCAACGAUAAUAACAAAGAAAGGACUGUGUCGAAAUUUAAAUUAACAAAUUUAGAUACCCUUUAUUACUAAAUAAUAAUAAUAAUAAUACUAAUUUAUUAGGUGGAAAAGUCUGCGAAACUAAUCAAACUUGAAUACAAAAAGGAAAACAACGAAGAAAAUAAUGAAUUGGCCGCCUCGUCUAUUGUUUCUCGCAAAAAUUCAACUAUCUUUAUCAAGUAUGCGCUUUCAAGUUAAUUAGUAUCGUAGGUGGUUGUGACUAAUGGGCGAACAAAGAAACAAAUAUUCAGUGGUUGCUGUGAUUUAUUCGUUUGUUGUAUAAUAAAGUGUUAAGUACUGUACGGUGCUUAUCAAUUCACGAGCUUAUUUCGAUGGUGCCUCCUCGUUGAUGACGUAAGGCCAUCAGUUAAUUACAAUAACGAUGUAAAAAAAUAUUACAUACGUAAGUGCGUGUUUUAUGGAUUUAAUUAAGCGAAAAAUCUGAAUGCUGCAACGGUUGUGUUUUUUCUUUUUAUUUUCCUUGAUACAUACAUUCCCUGGAAGGCUGCAAACGAACAUUUCGCAAAGACACGAUCUCGAUAAUUGAACAGAAGCAACAAUUAAAUUAAUAAUAGUAUAUCUAUGUACUUAAUAAAAACGGAUGAAGACAGUUUUGUAGAUGGUUAGUUGUAAAGUUUUGGUGCGCGAAUAAAAAACUGAUACACGAAUGACUUGAAUAAAUUAAACGAGGAUGUUUAAAACCUAUUUAAUCGUAAUCAAAAAAAUAACACUAUCAACUAACACCUUUUGUAAAAGGAUAAUAGAAAGCUGUGGUAAAUGUUACUUGUUGCAAAACAAACAUUUUAUAAUAAUGUUAAGUACCUAACUUGUUUAUUGUACCGUCAUUCUUUAGUUCUUAAAUCUAAAAGAAUGAAGAAAUAAAAUACAAUGUAUAACGUUUUUUGUCUGACAAAGUUGAAGUGAACUAAACAAAAAGUUGUUGAUUUUUUUUAAUAUUUAUAAUUAUAAUAUGGUUUAAGGAUAGAACUCACUUGUAGCGCCGUUUGUUUGCAUAACCAUGGUUUCCAUGUUAUAAAGAAUAACAAAGAUGAUAUGAUACGUAAAAGUUCAAAAUUCGUUCAAGUCUGCGCAUGCCGUCAUCUUAUAACUUAAGUAUGCAUGAUGCGCACGAAAUAAUUUGUUAUAGCAUUUAUUAUUUAAAUCGAUAUCCGUUAAAUCAAUACCUAACAGUUCGCACCACAAGUAAAAAUAAGUAAAAUAACCAAAUUAAACUAGUUAACGCACAGAAUUAAUGACAAGCAAGUGCGAUUGUUAUGUCUAUAACUAGACACCAGCCGCUUCCCUUAAGAAUCCACAAUUUUUGGUAAAAUUUGGAAAAUUAUAUAUAAGUAAAUAUUGAUACAUACUUGUAUUAAAACUUUUUUAUUUUUGCUAUAUUUCAGCGAUUAUUAUAGAGAAAAUUUUUUGAAACAAUAGCAAAAAGUUAAAUUCUUACGUCACGUUACGUAACGCUACGACUAUAAAUCGAGUUCCGCUGCAAGUGUGUACCUACCUUUAUUUAGUGUAAUUUAUCGAUUUAUAUAACAGGCGAUUAUGCAUUAAUACAAUUAAAAUGAGGUAAUGGUAAAUAUUAAUGACUUUUAAAUGGCUUAAUAAAGAUUCCGUAUAAGUCCAUGCGUAAAACGUCGUGUUCUUUCCGCCGCGAGAAACGCGUAGCGUGUUCUUUGCGCCGUGACUGUGUAAUUGAUACAUAAACCUAUAUAGAGUAAUAAUUAUUUAAAACUUUAUACACUAUAAGUUUAUGCGUUCUGUGUUUGUAUAUUUUAAAUAUAAAUGUUUACAUUUCUUUACAUAUUAAUCCAGACUUAGGACUGGCAAUUUUGUUCGAUAAAACAGGCGUGUUUAAAAGUAUAAAAAUCAUUUAUCUUCGUCAUGGUACGUAGAAAAGAAUGAAAUUUAAUUAAUAAAUGUAGUUCUAGAUGCCCACUAUUCUAAUUUCUAUUUUGUGAGUAUGCUAACAUAUUUCGUACCCAUGUUAAAGUUCCAUAUUUAUUCUAUACGACAAACCGUCAAAAUAUGGCGCAUCAUUGCCGAACUUUGUUGUAAAUAAUUCCAUUUUUUAAUAAAUACGUAAAUUUGUUGAUAAUAUUAAAAUUAGAAUAAUGGGCAUCUAGAACUAUAAUAUGACACAAAUGCAACUAAAUUUAUUAAUUACAUUUAAUUUGUUUGUACAUACCAAGACGUAGAUGAAUGAUUUUUUGAAAGUGUGAAGGAAAGUAAAAAUUUAUAUUUAAAAUACACAAACACAGAACACAUAAACUUAUAGUGUAAAUAGUUAUAAUCGCGGCGCAAAACGCACGGAAAAAGCUGGCGGCGCAAAACGCACGGAAAAAGCUGGGGGCGCAAAACGCACGGAAAAAGAUGGCGGCGCAAAGCACACGGCGCUCUACGCGCGACACCUUUCGUACAAACUCUCGGAACUACCGAUUAUUACUUAAUAACGUUUACGCUUCAAACUUCUUGAGGAUCGUCCAUAAACUGCACCCGAAUUUAAAGAGGGAAGAUAUUACAGAUUAGCUUAGCAAUGUGUGUACUUGUUUUGGAUUUGAAAAUAAAGUAUUCCUAACAUACAAGAUUAAAAGAUAAAUUUUUAAAUAACUGACCAGAAUAAAUUUCGACAAAUUAUUCUACGUUAAUGUUUAUCAAGAUAUAACAAUGCAUCAUCAUUCUUUUUUAUUGAAGGGAAUGAUCAUGUCAUUAUUUUAAUUAGUAAGAGAAAGACUUGACUACAUACGACAAUGAGCGAAAGAUUUUUUGAGUUGAAAAAUGCGUAACGUAUUUUAUGA